AUGAACACGCUCGGGCCCCCUCUACAGCUGGGCAAUACAGUCAUCUCCCCUUCAGCUUCUCAUCGCUUUCUAGGAGUGAUCAUAGACUAUCGCUUACAGUUUCACCAACACGUUGCUUUCGCGCUUGGCAAAGGCAUGGCAUGGGUAGCAACUCUCCGCCGAUUAGCUCGCUCUCAAUAUGGCCUCACUCCAGUGCUGGUCCGGCGACUCUACCUGGCAGUGGCGGUGCCCAGUAUGCUAUAUGCGGUCGAUACUUUCAUCACUCCAGUGCAUACAGCCCCUGGCCAGACGCGGCAGCCAGGAUCAGUAGGCGCAGUGAAGAAGCUGGCCCGGGUGCAGCGGGAAGCUAUGCUUCUCAUCACAGGUGCGAUGCGGUCAGCACCCACUGACCUCCUUGUCGCGCACGCAGACCUCCUCCCAUUCCAACACUUGGUCGACAAACUCUGUCAACGCGCUGUGAUUCACCUGUGCACUCUGCCGACAUCUCACCCACUAGCUGCUCAUGUACGACGCGCCGCACACUGUUACGACUGA